UAAACUAAAUUAAUAAAGUGGCAUAUGGUCGAGUAUUCCAUUAACCAAACGUGGCCCCAGUGGAGCCUUCCACGUAGUUUCGACUAUGACUUAACAUUAAUUGCCUUAUAUAAACCCUCCUCACCCCUCCUCUCAAUCCCAGCAGUUAGUACCGUACAAACCCUCUCUAUCGGGCAAAAGAAAGAAAAAAAAAACCCUUACUCAUUUACCAACCAGCACUAAAUAUGGUUUCGUUUUUCCACCACUCCGACCAAGCCCAAGCCACGUUGCUAACCUGCCUAGCCGCAGCCUUCAGGACUGCCAUAGCUUGCGCCAUAGUGGCGUGCACAACCCUCUACGGCCCAGAAUCCUUCCGCAGCUUGGUGCGCUUCCCGGCAUUCUCUUAUGUGACCGUGAUACUUGUCGUCACGGACGCCACCCUGGGUGACACGCUGCGCGGCUGCUGGCUCGGCCUCCACGCUACGGUCCAGAGCCUUGGCCCGGCCAUGCUUAGUCUAUGGCUAAUAGGUCCAUCUCGUUUCUCGGAAAGCGUGACUGCCCUGACUGUGGCGCUUGGCGCUUUUGUGGUUGCCCUGCCCGAGUCGACUCAUCUGAUCUCGAAGCGAAUAGCGCUGGGCCAGAUUGUGAUCGUGUACGUUGUAGGGUUCAUUAAUGGGGACCUAGACGAGGCUGUUAUGCACCCCCUCCGCGUGGCAGCGAGCACUGGUGUUGGACUCUCGGCCUGUGUCUUGGCUUUGCUGCUUCCUUUUCCAAGACUAGCUUUCAAGGAGGUGAAACACAAUUGCCAGCUCUACGGAGAUAAUGCUUCAAAGAGACUAAACAACUUUGUGAAGGCCUAUACCGCAGAGGAUAAGACAACUGCUCUUGAAUCACUAUCUCAAGCAAAAACAUUGGCUGCUACCGGCACCAAAGUUAUUCAAAACAUUAAAAAAUUCCAAGAAAGCAUGCUGUGGGAGAGACCUCCAUUGAAAUGUUUUAAACCAUGCAACAUCUUGAUGAACCCAGGAGACAAAAUGCAAGAGUUGGAAGUUCCAUUAAGAGGGUUGGAGAUGGCUUUGAAAACUACUACGUCGUUUCCGGUUAAAAAUCUAACUGGAGAGCUCAGAGAUGGUCUAGUUGUAAUGGAGAACAACAUGAACCUUGGCACUUUGGGAAGCUUGCACUUGAACGAUUCGUUCACAGUCCCUGAAUCUAUUGAAGAAGAUAAAAACUUCCUUCAAACAGUGCCUAAGGAUCUUCCACCAACCCACCAAGAGUUACCCUCAUUUUUCUUUCUCUUCUGCAUGAAACUCCUUCAAAUGAAAAAGUUAGCUACCAAAACAAUAAAGCCCACUACUACGGCAACGCAAAAGGGUUCUACUGAUAUAGAAAAUGAAAGUGCCUGGGCCCAUAUUUUUCCAAAAGUGAGCAACAACCAAAGGCUCAUGUACGCAUUCAAAUGUUCACUUUCAUUGGGCCUUGCUGUGUUCUUUGGGCUUCUUUACAGCAGACCUAAUGGAUUUUGGGCCGGACUCCCAGUCGCCAUAAGCCUGUCAGCUGGCAGAGAGCCCACGUUUAGAGUUGCCAACCUUAAAGCCCAAGGGACUGUUCUGGGAACCAUUUAUGGAGUCUUGGUUUGGUUUCUCUUCUCGAACAUCUUACCAUUAAGACUCUUUUCUCUUCUCCCUUGGUUCAUUUUCACUGGCUUUCUCCAACGUAGCCGGAUGUAUGGACAGGCUGGGGGUAUCUCAGCCAUCAUUGGGGCCAUCUUGGUUUUGGGCCGAGAAGGUUUCGGACCUCCAAGCCAAUUCGCCAUAGCAAGAAUAGUCGAAACCUUCAUUGGGUUAUCUUGUUCCAUCAUGGUGGACUUACUCUUGCAACCCACUAGAGCUUCCACUCUGACGAAGGUUCACCUAUCAAAAAGUCUCAACACGUUGAACGAGUGCAUUGGGUCGUUGAGUUCAAGCACCAAAGCCCUAUUGGAAGAGAACCGAAAGAAGCUGAAAAUGAACAUUAGGGAGCUUGAGAAUUUCAUUGGAGAAGCUGAGCUGGAGCCCAACUUCUGGUUUGUGCCAUUUCCUAGUGGUUCAUACGGUAAGCUUACCAACUCUUUGUCCAAAAUGGUGGAUCUCCUUGACUUUAGUGCUCACGCAUUGGGCUUUCUUCAGCACUCCAAUGAUCACGAUAACGAAAUCGUGAUCAAAAUUGACGGUGAUGUUGCCCUUUUCAAGAAACUAGUUUGUUCUUCAGUCACAUGUUUCCAAGAGGUUAGUCUGAUAAAAUCAUUGGUUGUUCUCGAAAAGGAGUUUGAGAAGAAUAAAAUGCCACAUGACGUGGAGAUGGGAAAAUAUUCUGGAAACCCAAAUAAUAAUACCAACUUUAUUAGUAACACUGAUCAGUUGAAUGAAGAUGAGGUCGACAUGAUCUUGGGCUCUUACAUGCAACAUUCAAGAGAAGUCAUUGAGAAGAUUAAGAAUGAUGAUACUAAUGAUGAUGAGAUUCAUAAUAAUAAACAAGUGGCUAAUGAUCGUGAUGAGGUGAAAAUGAUCGAGAGCCAAAUGGUAACUCUGAGUUUAAGUGCUCUUGGGUUUUGCAUAAGUCGUUUUAUGAAAGAGACUAAGGAGAUUGAAGUUGAAAUCAAGGAGGUCGUUCAGUGGGAAAACCCUUCCAGUCGUGUCGAUUUGUAUAACAUCUCGUGUAUGAUACAUGCUUUAAAGACCUCAUCUUCACAAUAAGUAAAAUAAAAUAAUUAUUAUAAUUAUUUAGUA